AUGCAAGGUGAGCUGCCCCUGCGCCGCCAACACCAUGGGGGUGUGCUAGAGACAGAAGGCCAGGGCCGCAGCUACGCGGCAGCCGCAGGUGAAGCUGUUGCAACCAACGCCUCGCAGCCCUGGAACAUCUUUGCCGCCUUCGGGCGGGAUGCCAUCACAUACAUUGCCGACCAUCUGCCUGGCCGGCACGCGCGGCAGCGUCGGCAAGAAGCUGCAAGAAGAGAUGAGGAGCAGGGAAUGCCUGGGACCUCAGGUAGGGGCUUGGUGCACAAGGACUCGACGCAGUGUCGGGCGUGGUGCGCGGAGCAGAAGCGACGGAAGGAGCGCAGAAAGUUAGCAGCGCAAGAGAACGCCUCAGCAGACGGGGAUGAUCAGCUCAGCGUGCCCAGCGUGCUGAGUCAGCAGCAGGCCGGAGACGCCAGCGCGGCGGCGGCGGUGGAUGAGGUGGUGGUGAGUCAUCGGGACAGGGGGGACCCGGUGCCAGAUCAGGACGAGGAGCGGGGGGGCUCGGUGGAUGAGUCAUUCGAUGACGUCAGCCUCGCCUCGGGCCGCCUCAGCCCCGACAAAGACAAGGAGGGCUUCGGGCGCAAAUCAAGCGGCCUAGACUCGGAGCCCUCAUCGGAUUCCGGCGCGCCGAAUCGAGUGGACAUAACAGCCAGCGCGAUUCCCAGCGGUCACUAUGACCCCAAGAAUGACGUCAUCCUUCGCGUGGAGGCCAUGAGCGCCAAGGAGACCCGGAUCAUAAUGGUGAUGCUGUACCUGGCAACUGCCAUCGCCACAGCUUUCCUCAUCGAAGAAUUCACUCAGAAGUUCACAGAUCCGGACGGCGCGUUCCGGCACAACAAGUAUGUGGUGGUGACUAAUGUGGUAGUCGGCGGCAUCUGCUUCCUGAUGCUGACUAAGACUCUCUACUGCGUCAUCUGGCGCGUCUGUCGCAGCCGCCGCCUCGGCAUGCGCUGGACGCCACGCAGAAGAAAGUCUGCCACGCUGGUCUUUGUGGAGCUCGUCACAGUGUACGUUGACAUCUUAGCCUACCUGAUCCCAAACAUAUACUUGUUGGCGGCUCGCUGCGACUGGUUUUCUCUGAUUGUCCCGUGGACGUCAUUUGUGCGGUUCACGUGCUACAACACAAUCUUCCUGCUCUUCUGCAUACACGCGCACAACGGCAACCCAUGGAACCGUCCAGUCGCGGGGUCAAUGGAGAGGCGGCGGUUAGGUGACAGCGACAGAGAGGACGCCAUAGUCAUGGAUGCAAGUUUCAGGCACCACUGGCCAAAGUUCAUCCUGUGGGCGGCGUUUGAGGGACAGCUGAUUCUGGUGGUGUACUGGUAUGUGAGCGGGCGGGGGGAUGCAUCAAAUCCCCCGGUCAUUCCCCCUGGUCUAGAGGGCAGCUGUGAUUACUGGCAGUAUGACUGCCACACCACGGACUUACAGCAGGGCCUGAUCGGCAUUCUGGUGGUCAUUGCGUACGGCUAUUUCUUUAUGUACCUGUACUACAUCGGCCGAGCCUACUACAUCCUGCGGGGCCUUCCUUACACCCAAUUCAAGAUGGGCAAUUUGAUGGUGAGGCUGCACCUGCGCCUGCGGCUGACCAUAAUUCUCUUCUUCGCAUUCUCCUUUGUGCUGCUCUGGUUUGUGCACAGCAACACCUGCCGCUCCUACCUCACCACAUGGGGCGGAAUGCUCCCCCUGCAGGCAAGGCCCAACAGCAGAAUCUUUGUUCCUCACAAGUGGUGA